AUGGGUAUAUUGCCGUCCGCCUUGGAAUUAUACAAGGCCUCUGCUCACACAGGAUGCAGCAUCUAUAAAGAGAUCGGCCCUGGUCAGCGCAUCGCCGUAAGCAAACUCGCCGCCGAACACUACAUCCAACAUUCCCGUCCCUUCCGCCUCGCAAUCGAUAUCAGCAUCUGGCUCUUCCAAAUUCAGUCCGGCAAGGGUGGCACCAAUCCUGCUCUGAGAACCUUCUACUAUCGCCUCUUACGCCUUCUCUCCCUCAACAUCCACCCUCUAUUCGUCUUCGAUGGCCCUAACAAGCCCACCUGGAAACGAAACAAGAAGGUCGGAGGUCCAAAUGUGAGGGUAUCGAGUGUGCCCGAAUUCUUGGCCAAACAACUUCUCAAACACUUCGGCUUUCCUCUCCACUAUGCUCCGGGUGAGGCCGAAGCUGAAUGCGCUCUGCUCCAGCGAGAGGGCAUUGUCGACGCCGUCCUCAGUGAAGAUGUUGACACUCUCAUGUUUGGAAGUGGCAUGACUUUGCGAAGCUGGACUCCGGAACAAAAGAGCAGCAAGACUCCAACCCACGUGAACGUAUACCGAGCCGAUGCCACAAAGGAAACCAGUGGCCUGGAUCGUAACGGCAUGAUUCUGGUUGCCAUGAUGAGCGGAGGUGACUACAUCACUGAGGGUAUCCCUGGAUGUGGUCCUAAACUAGCCUGCGAGGCAGCAAGAGCUGGUUUUGGUGACGAAUUGUGCAGCCUAGACAGAAACGAGACCGACGCUCUAAACACUUGGAGAGAGAAGCUUCGCCAUGAGAUUCGGACCAACGAAAGCAAGCACUUUCGCCAGAAGCGUCCAGCUCUGACCAUUCCGGACACGUUCCCCGAUCAGAAAGUUCUCCGCUACUACACCCAUCCAUGCAUCUCCGCACCCGACAAGAUCGCCAAACUCAAGGAUACCCUCAAAUGGGACAUGCCGCUGGACUAUCCCAGUCUUCGAGACUUCACAGGUGAUGCGUUUGACUGGCGAUGCAUUGGUGGUGCCAAGAAGUUCAUUCGCAACCUUGCUCCUGCUGUGCUUGUCCGAGAACUCAGAAUGCGAGGCGAGACUACUGAAGGCAACGGGGAUAGUUUGUCUAUACAAAAAGCUCGAGAAGCAUCCUUGGUCAACGCGAUCCACAGCAAGCGCUUGCAUCCAACGACUGACAACAUACCGGAGCUCAGAAUCAGCUUCAAGCCCAUUGAGUUGAUUGACAUCGAUCUCAGUUUCGAAGAUCCUGAUGAGGAGAUCCCUGAAGAUGAGGAAGAUGAGGACUCGGAGCCUCUGCCAACUGAGGACGGUGAGUGUCCUGGAUCACCAAAGAAGAAGCGAGGUCCUUCUACCUACGAUCCCACUGUCCAUGACAAGGUCUGGCUUCUGGACACCUUUGUGCGUCUCGGUGUGCCGCUAAAGGUUCAAGACUGGGAG